GGCUGUGGUGAGAGCGGGAGGCGGUGGCGGGACGACUGCCUUUGAACCCAGCCACCAUGAGCAGCACCAAGCAGGUCACUUGCAGGUAUUUUAUGCAUGGUGUGUGUCGGGAAGGAAACCAGUGCCUGUUCUCCCAUGACUUGGCCAACAGCAAGCCCUCCACCAUCUGCAAGUACUAUCAGAAGGGUUACUGCGCCUAUGGAGCUCGUUGCAGGUAUGAUCAUACGAGGCCCUCUGCUGCAGCGGGUGGUGCCUCGGGAAUUGGGCCCCACAGCGUGCCCUCCCCGGCUUUCCACAGUCCUCAAGCUUCUUCUGACCUCUCUGCAGCUAUUAGUAAAACUAGCUUACAUGAGCCUGGAAAGCGGGAAAAGAGGACAUUGAUACUUAGAGACCGAAAUCUCUGUGGCCUGGCUGAAGACAAGCCUCAGGUCCGUGUGGUGAGUAACUCUGGGGUGUACAGCAACCCCCUGAACAGCCUGGAGAUGAAGCCGCAUUCCUACUUGGAAGCAAUCAGGAGUGGCCUUGAUGAUUUGGAAGCCAGUAGCUCCUACGGCAGCGAGCAGCAGCUGUGUCCCUAUGCGGCCGCCGGGGAGUGUCACUUUGGAGAUGCUUGUGUCUACCUGCAUGGGGAGAUGUGUGACAUCUGCAGGCUACAGGUCCUGCACCCCUUUGAUCCAGAGCAAAGAAAAGCCCACGAAAAGAUCUGCAUGGCGACGUUUGAGCACGAGAUGGAAAAGGCCUUUGCCUUCCAGGCAAGUCAGGACAAAGUGUGCAGCAUCUGCAUGGAGGUGAUCCUUGAGAAGGCAUCUGCUUCCGAGAGGAGAUUCGGGAUUCUCUCCAACUGCAAUCAUACGUACUGCUUGUCUUGUAUCCGGCAGUGGAGGUGUGCCAAGCAGUUUGAGAACCCCAUUAUUAAGUCUUGCCCAGAAUGCCGUGUGAUAUCAGAGUUUGUCAUUCCAAGUGUGUAUUGGGUAGAAGAUCAGAAUAAAAAGAAUGAACUGAUUGAAGCUUUCAAACAAGGCAUGGGGAAAAAACCUUGUAAAUAUUUCGAGCAAGGCAAGGGGACCUGCCCGUUUGGAAGCAAAUGCCUUUACCGCCAUGCAUACCCUGAUGGGAGGCUUGCAGAGCCCGAGAAACCCCGGAAGCAGCUCAGCUCUGAAGGCACCGUGAGGUUCUUUAAUUCCGUGCGGCUCUGGGAUUUCAUUGAGAACCGAGAAAGCCAGCACAUUCCCAACACUGAAGACGUCGACAUGAACGAGCUUGGGGAUAUCUUCAUGCACCUCUCUGGAGUAGAGUUUUCAGAGCCCUAAGGAGUAAAUGGUUGCCCCAAUGCAUCUUGGGACUGAGGCUCCCAAGUGAGGGCCUGUAGCUCCCUGUCUACAGCACUAGGAGGCGUGCUUGUCACUUGGGUUUGAGUGGGUUCAUCUUAGCUUUGGCCUUCUCCAUGAUUAUAGCCUUGACACAGUGAAGGAUAUAAAAUUACCUAACUAGUGUAUGGCCAACUGUCUUCCAGUUAUCUUAGAUGUAUUUCAAACUCCUACUGGCUGAGUUCUGACUGAAAGCUUUACAACAAACCUAGUUCCUCUGCUUCUUGCUUCCCCAGAAGCAGUGAACUUGUAGUAGUGGGCAACACAGCCAAUUCCUUUUUCUUACCAAAGGAUCCUUCUUCACUUGUGAAAGGAUUGCUCUAUAGUGAAUUUCCCUAGUGUAGGUAAAUAGUGUAUGGUCAAAAAAAAAAUUAGACUAAAUGUAAAGUGGGCCCUUCACACUUAUAGUGUAAGACUGCAAUACUCAAAAGCUCUUUAAGUUCCGGCAGUCGAAGACCAGUUGUUACUUUCAGGGCAAAGCCUUCUAGUCACCAUGAGAGUUGUGUAUAUGGCAAAGCUGGAGGAUGAGAGGCUGUGUUUCCAGGGAGAAGAGUAAUCUUGUUGCCCUGUGCCCUGUAAGGGCAGCUCUUGAAGUGGCAGGCAGUCCUGGGAGGAAGCGUGGAAGUACAGCCCACUGGGCUUGCUGUACUUCCACUCCUUCAAGGGACUAGCCCCAAUUCCUGCCUCAGCUUUUUGGAUGCAGGCUGGGGAGGUGGCUGUGUGGAGGCUUCCACACACACAUGCUCUUCUGUGGUGGGGGUAGGUUAAUACUCAAGCUGUUUAUUCCCGCCCACACAGCCUGGAACUCCAAGGCUUAAAACUUUUAGUUCAGCAGAUCAAUUGGGACUGUAAUUGAACAUUAGUAUGAUCUUGAACACGGGAUCUAUUUUUAUAACAAGCCAUAGAUACCAAUGUUUUUUAAAGUGUGGGUAGAAAAAGAUCUACUUUUACCGUCGAGCUUAGAGUGCUUUCUAUUUAGUUUUUAAGACAGAGGCUGAAGUAAAGUUGCUCCCAGCCUGUGCUCUGGAUUCUCUGCUCCAGAAGGUAGCACUGAUUUAUAGCCCAUCCCUUUUAAGGGAGGGGGCAGUGGAGCAAGGGUGUCAAGCUAUGAAUUCAGUGAUACUUAAAUACUUUCAAAGGAGGUAACAGCCAUUAAACCUAAAUUUAAUUUAUUUUUAUUAAAAUAACAUAAUUGAAGAACCAUAGUAUAUAGUAACUGUAUUUUGUCAGGCGCAAUAAAAACAAAAUUAAAACCCAAAUCA